AUGGCGUCGACAAACAACAUCAAGGUCGUUUGCCGGUUUCGGCCACCAAAUGCCAUGGAGUCUCGCGAAGGGAGUGAGAUCGUCGUAUCCUUCGAUAGCAACCUGCGAAGUGUACAGAUGAAGUCUGCCUUGCUCAGCACUGGGCCCGAGAAGGAUGGAUUCACUUUCGAUCGGGUUUUCCCCAUGGAAACCAGGCAGUAUGAAAUUUUUGACUAUGGCGUGCAAGGGUAUGAUUAUGUCCUUGAUGGCUACAACGGAACGGUAUUUGCGUAUGGCCAAACCGGAUCUGGGAAGACGUUCACCAUGAUGGGUGCGGACAUCGACGAUCCGGAAUUAGCAGGAAUUAUUCCUCGUAUUACCGAGCAGAUCUUUACGUCCAUCAUUGAGUCCGAUGCCAGUAUCGAAUAUCUUGUCAAAGUAUCUUAUAUGGAAAUAUACAUGGAGCGAAUACGGGAUUUAUUAGCUCCCGCCAACGACAACCUUCAGAUUCACGAGGAGAAAUCAAAAGGCGUUUACGUUAAAGGACUCUCGGACUACUAUGUUGGCAGUGCUAAAGAGGUCUAUGAAAUCAUGAGACAGGGUGCUUCGUCACGCAUGGUCACUGCAACGAAUAUGAACGCCGAAAGCUCACGGUCGCACUCCAUCUUCCUAAUUGCGAUCAAUCAACGAAAUACAGAGUCUGGCGCCCAGAAAACUGGAAAUUUAUACCUCGUAGACUUGGCUGGUUCCGAGAAAGUCGGCAAGACUGGGGCAUCAGGGCAGACUCUUGAAGAGGCGAAAAAAAUCAACAAAUCCUUGUCAGCCCUUGGGAUGGUCAUCAACUCAUUAACGGACGGAAAAUCAACGCACAUCCCAUACCGGGAUUCUAAACUUACUCGUAUUCUUCAAGAGUCUUUGGGAGGGAACUCAAGGACUACCCUCAUCAUUAACUGCUCCCCUUGUGCUUUCAACGAGGCAGAGACUCUCAGCACUUUGCGGUUUGGCAUGCGCGCUAAGACUAUCAAGAACACUGCUCGUAUCAAUGCUGAACUCUCCCCUCUUGAGCUAAAGAAUCUCUUGAAGAAAGCUCAACUCUCCAACUCUUCAUAUCAAACCUAUAUUACCGCGCUUGAAGCGGAGCUUGCUGUCUGGCGUUCGGGGGGCUCCGUUGAACAAGGCAAGUGGGCCAACCCCGAGAACGCCAGGGUCAUCGGCGGCGGAAAGAAGGCUGGUACAACGUCAUCCACCCCUUCAUCAUCUUCUUCUCCACGGCCUGCUACGCCCGUGAAUCCUCUAAUUGACAGUCUGCGUUCCGAAAUGAUUGACAGCCGUCCUCAGACGCCCACAGUGGUGGGGCUGGACAAAGAUGAACGGGACGAGUUCUUGAAGCGGGAAAAUGAGUUGACUGAUCAAUUGGCAGAAAAGGAAGCUUCUUUGGCGGCUUCGCAAAAACUUAUUGCCGAGAUCCGGGAGGAGCUUACGUUUAUCAAAGAACAAGAUUCCUCGUUGUCAAGGGAGAAUGAGGCAAUGUCCGCUCAGCUCAACGAGCUUCGGAUGCAGAUAGAGCGAUUGGACUACGAAAACAAAGAAGGCGUUAUUACUGCGGAUAUCCUUAAGGAGCAGAAUGCGGAUCUCUCGAAUGAGCUCGAAGAGCUCAAGAAAACGAUUCAAGAAUUACGGUCCACGCAGAAGGAUCCGUCAGCGGAGGACAAGGAAAGAAAGAAGGCCGAGAAGAUGGCACAAAUGAUGGCACAAUUCGACUCGCAGGGCUUUUUCUCGGACAAAGACGAUGCCCUUCGCGACACAUUGGCCAAGUUGGACUCAAUCGAAUCUGAUGAUGCCGUCACGAAACUCACUGCUGAUGACAUCACCACACUAAGACGCCAGCUUGUUGAGAGCCAAAUUCUUGUUCGGGACACAUCUGAUCGCCUUCGACAGACUCAAGAAGAAGGGGAGCUUGUGAAUCGCCGAAGAGAUGAAUUAGAGCAGCGAUUGUCUACCCUGGAAACCGAGUAUGAGGAAUUACUGGAGAAGACAAUUCGUGAAGAGGAGGCCAUGAAUACAGAUAUUGCAGACUCAAUGGCUGAUCUGAAGGCCAAGCUGGAGGUCCAGUAUACUGCUAAACGGGAAGCGCAUGCAAGCGAAGUCCAAGAUCUCAAGCAGCAGAUCGAACAGAAGAAUGUUGAAAUCCGUGGGCUGAAUUCAUCCCUCGAUGGAUUAAAAAGUGUUAACGAGGAACUGAAGCGCGCAUUUGCUGUGACAUCCGCUGGUAUUGAGGGUGGAAAAAACCUCGCUGAAAGUGCCAAAGAUUUGGAGCGAGCCAGAAAAGCGAUUACCGUCCAGCUUACCGAAUUUGAGGGUGUCAAGAGAUCGUUGAUGCGUGACUUGCAGAACCGUUGCGAAAAGGUCGUUGAGCUUGAAAUUCAACUGGACGAAAUCAAGGAACAGUAUAACAACGUGAUACGCAACAGCAACAGCAAGGCACAACAGAAGAAGAUGGUAUUCCUGGAACGUAAUCUGGAGCAGCUGACCAUCGUACAGAAACAGCUGGUUGAUCAAAACUCAGCAUUGAAGAAGGAGGCAGGUAUUGCUGAGCGUAAACUGCUUGCGCGCAACGAACGAAUCCACAAUCUUGAGGCUUUGCUCCAAGAAGCUGACCGUCGGCUCGCAGCACAAAACCACAAGUUUGAAGCUCAGCUCCAGAUAGUGAAGCAGCGACUGGAAGAAGCUCGGGCGAACAAGCCUUCAACAACGUCGUCCCUCAGCUUUGGUCGUAUUGCCAAGCCAUUACGGGGAGGGGGAGGAGCUGCCCCAGUGCCAUCACCAGCUACUGGGCAGGGAUCCUUCUUGUCGUCCAAUCCGAAUAGUCCCCUGGGACGACUGCAGUCUGAGGAGAGCCCUGACACCCUCAAUUCCCCAGCAAAACGCACGUCGUGGUUUUUCAGCAAUGCUCGUUAG